GCGCGACCGGGGGCCGGAGAGAGGUGCCGCGACAAACCGUGCUGCUCCUGAGCGUGGUCCGACAUCGAAGUAAACCAUUUGGUUGGUCCACGCUUUGCAGGCUUUCUUUCCGAGCCGUUCGGCGGGCCGACGCGACCACCGCUGAAGCUACCGUACUACAGCCGAGCUCGUAAGCGUCUGCACGCCGUUGUUCAAAGCACAGCGCGAGGGGCAUCGCCACCCAGAGCCACGCCACAGUCGCCGGCCCACACGGCGGAUUUUUUGUUCCGCCAGUUCGGGUGUCUACGGGCUUCUCCUUCUGAGUUGCGGAGGGGCAAGGUGCCGCGGCAGAUUGUCCCGCCGUCCUUGGGGCAAAGUCCCAAACGAUACGAAACAACCGUCUCUUCGUCAGCCAAGUAAAAGCGGACUCCAUUGGGUGCAAGAAUUGCUGGUGCAGCGCCUCGUGAAGCAGCACCGGCCACACCAUGGGAGGCGUCGGCGUAGAGGCCCCGCUGAACCUGCUCAACAUCAAACCAAACUAUUCGUUCGAGUUCGACUUCGAGGUGAACUUCGACAAGGACCAGAACCGGUUGUGGAUGAACCGAAACUGGCACACGUCCGUCUACUGGGUGGGCCUCUACAUGCUCGUGGUGUUCGGUGGCCAGGCGUUCAUGGCCCAGAGGCCGGCCUUCAAGCUGACGCGGCCGCUGCAGGCCUGGAACGUGCUUCUUUCCGUGUUCAGCGUGGUGGGGGCCUGUCGCACCAUCCCCGAGCUUAUCCACGUGCUGCGCGAGUUCGGCUUCUUUCACUCGGUGUGCAACAACUCGUACAUCGAGUACGACCGCGUUUCGGGCUUCUGGACGUGGAUGUUCGUUCUGAGCAAGGUCCCCGAGCUGGGCGACACGGUGUUCAUCAUACUGCGCAAGAAGGAGCUCAUCUUUCUCCACUGGUACCAUCACAUCACGGUGCUCAUGUUCUCCUGGUACUUCUACCAGCAGCAUAUCGCGCCCGCGCGCUGGUACGUCGUCAUGAACUACGUAGUCCACUCGCUCAUGUACUCGUACUUCGCGCUGCGCUCGUUCCAUGUGCGCAUGCCACGUGUGAUUGGCGUCUGCAUCACCACUCUGCAGAUCGUGCAGAUGCUCAUGGGCGCCUACGUCACUGGCCUGGGAUUCUUCACAAACAAGCGCGGCUCCGCAUCGUGCGCCAUUUCGGAGUGGACUGCUCUGCUUGCCAUGUUCAUGUACCUGUCCUACUUCAUCCUGUUCGCGGUGUUCUUUUACGGUGCUUACCUCAAGCCGAAGCGCAAGAACGCCGUCAAGGCCGACUGAGUGGCCGCCACCUGCCUCCUCACGGUGCUCUCUUCGGGCGCUCUCUCGAAGACAACCCCCACGCUGCCAGACGCGCGUGCGAUGCGAUGUCAGGACAGUCGAGACACGUGCACACUCUUUCCAUUUGCGUUGUUGCUGCACACGCUUUGCGCGUUUUCCUUUUUGCUGUUGUUGCCCUCGGCUGCCUCGCAACUGCGGUCACCCGGCAACGGACUCAUUCCAAUCACACAGCUUCAACGAAUCGCGGUGUGCGUUUAUGUAAAUCAGGUUGCUUUGUCGACGAGUUUGUGUUGGCGAGUGGUGACCGAGAUUUCAACGGACGCUUUCUUUUUUUUUUCCUGUUUGUUAUGUCGCCGUGUUAUCGUCCCGCUUUCUUUGGGAUUACACUUCCGCGGCCAAUGUUCAUGUUUCGGAGAGCCCAGCGAUAACCAGUACCUUCUUAGAAUGGAAUUUACAGUAUUGACGUCGCACAUACCUGUGCAAUGCCGAUGAGCCAUAGUGUAGGGACACGUUGCUCAAUGAGUAGACUAGUGCCCCCACCUUCGUAGCGCUGGAGACCGCUCUGGGCGCGAGUGCUCUUGAUGGGUACCAGUCUGCCCCUAAUGACGUCUUAGGCGAUCAAAGAAACUUUACACACAGGGUGCUUCCCAAAGCACAAUUUUCGCGUCACAACACUGUACGCACAACGACGUGAGGCAGUUUAACGUGGUUAGCAGUUAGAUUUUCUUUUUGUUGUUGCGGCUGGAUUGCCAAGAUAGCGGGUGCAAUAACGACGGCUUGUACGACUACCCACUCUCUGCCGGCUUUGAACUGGCGCGAUAGAAAGGCUAAUCGUGUAGCGUAUUGUUCUAAUAUAAACGCACACGCUGUUAAACCUCCACGGUGACAGCAGGCCACAAGUCUGUGGCCAUGGACGACGAGUAGUGCCUUUUCUCCAAUAGUCUUUGUUUGUUUGUCUCCAUUCUUGUGAUCGACGAGAAAUUUUUAACUUGUUUUUUUCUUCUUGAGACAAUAAAAGUGCGUUCAGUUUCAUA